AACAGAAUAGUUCACCAAGCACAAUGAGACCAACAUUAAAUAUAUUAACCAGAUCGGUAUGGAAGGGACCUAACGUCGUUCCAUUGCCUAUUGCCCACGCCAUCAAGACCAAAACACCCGUCAGAACCAACGCUAGAAGUUGUACCAUAUUACCCCAAUUCGUAGGGUUAAGAUUCCAAGUGCAUAACGGGAAGGAAUACGUCGAGUUUGAGAUUGUGGAUGAUAUGGUUGGUUCCAAAUUGGGAGAAUUUGCUCCAACUAAAAAGAGAUGGACUUAUAGAGGUGAACAAAAGUAGGGUACCCACCGUCCGCCCCCUACAACUUUCUUGUAUAUAUUAGCUAGGAGUUUUAUACGGAUUUAAUAAAGUUGACAUAGACUG